AGCGCGGGUGUUAUCAGUCCAGUCUCACCUGUCGCUGCGUCUUCUGAUGUGCGACAGGCAGUGAGGGAGUGUGGAUCCGGGGAAAUACAACCCACUGCUGUGCCGCUUCUAGCAAGGGAAGCCCCCACGCGUUGCGCGCCCGGAUCGCCGGUAGAGAGGCUAUUCGCGUGGCGGAGUGCGUGUGCAUGCGCGUCAGGUUAUAAAUGUGUGUACUUGAGCACGGCAAAGCCCCAGGCUCCAUCCUCAACAGUUGCCACCGGAGCGGCGGAGAGGAGAGGAGGAGAGCGAGAGAGAUAGCAGACUGAGUACGGACGGACGCGGAGCUCCACGCCGCUCUGCCCGGCUCUGCUCCUGACAUGCAGUCGUUCAUCUCUCCGGUGACCAAGGCCAUCCUAGUAGCGCUCUUCAUCUUCGCCAUUCUCCUCAUUCUCUAUGUGAUCCUUUGGUACAUUUGCAGAGACGUGGACUGCGACCACGGCAUUUGAGGAUUCCGUUAAAACGGAGUAACGGAAAUAUCACAAUGGGUCGCACAGAGGAACCAACAGAGCCCAGGGUCAUUUUUGAUGCCCAGACAAGAUGGCAACGUUGCCAUAGUGACAGGAGGAGGCAGGGGAAUUGGUUAUGAAGUAGCUCGCCACUUGGUCAGACUCGGGGCACAUGUUAUCAUAGGUGGGAGAGAUGAGCAGGAGGGUCUUGCAGCUGUCAGAAGGAUCUGUGAACACUACAAAGAGGCCAAAGUGGAGUUUAAGAAACUGGACUUGGCUUCAUUGCAGUCUGUACGUCAGUUCGCCCAGAGCUUCAGAGAACGGGACCUGCCGCUAAAUAUUUUGGUCAAUAAUGCGGGUGUUAUGCUGGUUCCUGAGGGGCGUACGGAGGAUGGAUUUGAGCAGCACUUCGGUGUGAACUACCUGGGACACUUCCUUUUGACCUGGCUACUCCUGGAUACACUGAAGGAUUCUGGGAAAUCAGGUCAUGUCUCUCGUGUGGUCAACGUCUCAUCCUCAGCUCACUGCAUCGGACAGAUCAGACUAAAUGACCUGAAUAGCCGCCAAUCUUACUCCUCACAUGCUGCUUACUGUCAGAGCAAGCUGGCCCAGGUGUUAUUCAGUUUCCACCUCCACCAAGAGAUGCAGAGUGGAGGUUUCCAAGUGAGUUCGUGUGCCGUGGAUCCCGGCAUGGUGGAUACCGCACUCUACCGCCACCUCUGGACACCCCUCCAUCUGGCACAAAGUGUCAUCGCUCGCCUGCUCUUCAGGACUCCUGAAGAGGGCGCUACCACUGUGCUCUCUGCUGCUCUGUCACCUGCUCUGGAGGGAGAUUGUGGAGGAGGUUACUGGGCCAAUGGGUGCAGAAAGAUGACAACACCGCUGACCUUUGAUCCCCAGCUGCAAGUGAGCCUAUGGGAAAUCAGCCUCCAGUUGCUGAACCUUCACUAGCAUGAGACAAGGAUGACCAACAGGACUAAACCCAUUUGACAACAUCAGAUAAAAAAGACCCUAUAUUCAGGGCGGCCAGCCAUUCUCUCCUCCCUUUUUUUUUUUCAUACUUCACAUCAGGGCGUUGCUAGCAAUUUGUUACAAGUGUCAUAAUCCAGUGCUGGACUGUGAUUGGUUGUUUAGAGAGCAAAGAUCUCUUUCUUUUAGCGUUUUUUUUUAGUUUUAUUUUUUAUUUUCUUUUUUCCAGACCUGCCAAAGAAGGGCUACAGGGGAUGGAAGAUGCUUUUUUUGCUUUUCACUGUGAGCAAGCAAACAUAUUUGCACACACACACAACCACACUUUAGGGUUGUAGCUAUAUGUCAUUUUGCUGUCAUGGAUAGCAGAGAGUUGCUGUUGGCGCCAUCUAGUCAGAUAUCAGUUAAUGGCACCCACCAAUGAUAUGAUGAGUUUGAUUCCCUGAUCGCGUAUCAGAGAAUCAGUCAUCUGCUAUGAUACAAACCUUACUUGGAUUUUUCAAUUAGUCCGGCCCACAAUAACUAAAUUCCUCUUGGAAGCUUUUUCACAUCAACAAAAAAUUCCAGUAAAAUAAUCCAAAAGCUUAAUUUUGGCAACAAAAUAACAUAUUGGUCAAACCCUAGCAUACGCGCACAUACAGUACACACACAUUUACACACUACGACAAUGAUCUGAUCUGAUCCUGCCUUGCUGUGGCAAGGGAAUGUGAUGUCAUCAGUUUGCGUUGACACAUCACUGCGAUUUCUCAGAUCGUAUUGCCAUCCGGCCUCUUUUACUGGGAGCACUUUGUUUUUAUUGGUUACUAUUGAAUCAUGUUAACUGCUGGUUGUAGUUGCAUGAGUAGAUGUUUUUACAGACGUGAAUUUAGCUGAAAAGCUAAGAAUCCAUCAUCGUCUCCUCUUUCCUCUCUCCGGCGCGCAGUAACCCAACAAAAGAUGUUCCUUUUGACUGCUAGGGGGAUUUGGGAAGAGUUUUAAAAAAGGGAGAUAUUUCAGAUAAAAGUAAGCCUAAAUUUGGAAUGAUUCCCCUUCGACCCAAGAGUGAUGAAACGUUUGGUUGAGUUGCUGUGAAUUUUUAUGCUGUUAUUUCUAAAGCGGAAUUUCCAGCUGUUUCUGGUUGUCUGCUCAAAAAAAAAUGAGAAAAAAAAAAAGGUUUGGGAACAGAC